UUAUCCCUCAUUUACAAUCCCAAACACCCGUCAACUCCCCACCUCCCUCCUUCUUCCUUCUGCUCCAUUAAACCUGCAAAAAAAAAAAAAGUCGUUAUCGAAAGAACCUAAUCGAAGCAAAAGGAGACAAGGUCAUACUUUAAAGUCGAAAUGGUGUACGUAAUGUGGCAGAUCAGACCAAAAAAUGAAGUUGUCGACGUAUCAUCCUUAUAUGCGGGUGCACCCACAUGGUUUAGUAUUAAGCUUCAUCAUGGUGGGAAGUUUACUAAGUUACCUGACAUAAAGUAUACUGGAGGUGAAGUGCGUUAUGUUGAUUAUGUGGACAUAGAUGAGUUUUCUGUACAUGAACUUGAUGCCAUAAUGCUUGACCUAGGUUACCCAGACCCACGGAUGAUUGAAUUGAGUGUUGAAUCCCCAGUGAUAUACUACCAUUUCAGGAUACCCAAUGAACAUGGGAAGACAAAUCUACUCACAUACUUCAUGUCUCCAAAUGCAAAGGGUAAAGUUGUCAUUGAGGAAUUACCAGAAAAUGAUGAUCAAGGGGCUAAAUAUGAGGCUGAAGUUCAUGUAGAAUCUCCAUUGAGAAAUAUGAACCAUGUCAAUGAUGAACCAAUUGGUGAGUACAUGUCUUUGAUUCUUUUUGGGAGUAAAACUGAUGCAUUCUCUCCAGAGUAUAGAAGGGGUAGAGUUGGGAAUUCAAAAAGAGAGGAAGGUUCUUGUAGCAAGAGGCUUAAUUUAGAGGAUAUUGAUGAUUUAAAAGAGAAGGAAAACACUAAUGAGGAUGAGAUGAUUGAUGGAUGCUACAACACCCCACCCAUUAAUGAUGAUGAACAAUAUAAUGAACUUUUUGACAACCUUAUGGAAAAUUUAAAUGGAAGUGAUGAGUAUGUUGAAGAGUAUGAAGGGGAUGUUGAAUCUGAAGAGAGUGAUGAAGAGUAUGAAAAGGAUGAAGGUGAUGAUCAUGAUGGGAAACAAUCAGAAAAUGAAGAUAAAGUGGAUGACAUAAUGGAUGAGGAGAACAAUAUAGAAGAUGUUGAUGUGGACAUGGCAGACUUCUUUGUAAAUGUUGAAAGUGAUGUUGAAGGAGCAUGUAUUAAUGAUGGUCAUGAACCUGAAGAUAUGGAAGUGAUCAACAAUGAGGAGUUCGAAUCAUUGGAUGAAGGAUCAGACCAAGACAGAGAAAGAAGAGCUCUCAUAAGAAAUUUGGGAAAAGAAAAAAGGUGCAACUUUGGGUCAGUACAUAUACAGUCAUUCUCAGUGGGGCAAAAGUUUAAAAGUAAAAAAGAAUUAAAGGAGUUAAUUGAUGUGCACGCACUAGAAACAAGAAGGAAUCUAUUCUUUAAAAAAAAUGACAGUCAAAGGCUUAGGGCACAGUGCAGAGGAGUUGUACCUGUCAUCAAUAAAGGUCAAGUGGGGACUAAACCUACCACUUCAAAAAGCAAGGGCAAAGAAGUAAAGACACAAAAAGAAACAUGUGGUUGGUAUAUACAUGCAUCUAGGUCAAACCCCGAAUCUGAUUGGUUUAUAAGGACCUUAAACCAAACUCAUACAUGCUUACAAACAAGAAAACUCAGAGCUUGUACUGCUUCUUUAAUCUGCAAGAAAAUCAUAGAUCAAGUUGAGGCAGAUCCGAAGAUUCCUUUGAGAGCCAUACAAGAUCACUUUCAAAAGACCUACCAGGUGGGUAUUUCAAUGGAUAAGGUGUUUAGGGCAAAAGAUAUGGCAAGAAAGCAUGUAACUGGGGACUACACAAAACAGUUUGAGUUGUUGAGGGACUAUGCUCUUGAACUUCAAGCUACAAACCCAGACACAACAGUCAAAAUAGAUGUGUGUCCUAAUGGCAACCCUGCAUCCCCAACAAGGCAGUUUAGAAGGAUUUAUGUAUGCUUGGGUCCACUGAAAAAAGGUUUCAAAGCAUGUCUUAGAGACUUAGUAGGUUUGGAUGGUGCCUUCAUGAAAGGCCCAUUCCCUGGUCAGGUUCUUACAGCAGUUGGUCUAGAUUCCAACAAUGGAAUUUAUCCCUUAGCCUAUGCAAUUGUUGAGUCUGAAAACACAGCUAGCUGGAAGUGGUUUUUAGAAAACCUUGGGGAUGACUUGGAGCUUGGGAGCAACUCAAACUAUACUUUCAUAAGUGACAGGCAAAAGGGAUUACAAAUUGCAGUUGAUCAAUUGUUUCCCAAUGCUGAGCAUAGGUAUUGUAUUAGACAUAUUCAUGACAAUAUGAGAAAGAAGUGGGGGCAAACUGAGUACAGGGACCAUUUAUGGAGGUGUGCAUCAGCAACCACCAUUCCUGAGUUUGAACAUUUGAUGAAAGAGUUUAGUGAGUAUGAUAAGGAGGCAUGUCAAUGGUUGAAGCAAAUUCCUCCUGUACAUUGGGCAAGGAGUCAUUUCUCAGGAAGAGCUGUUUCUGAUGUGUUGAUUUCAAACAUGUGUGAAGUGUUUAAUGGGAAGAUAGAGAAAGGCAGGGACAAACCUGUAAUUUCAUGUUUAGAGUUCAUUAGGGAGUAUCUAAUGAAGAGGAUAUGCAAUGUCAUGAAGGCAAUGAAGAAGGCUAAAGGUCCACUAACACCUACAGCAACAGACAUCCUAGAUGCAAGGAAAAAAAGUGCUUCACAAUAUAUUGCUAGGUGGAAUGGGGCAAACAAGUAUCAAGUCACUGCAGCAUUGCAAGAUCAACAUGUGGUGGAUGUUAGGAACCAAACCUGUACUUGCAGAAAGUGGGAAUUAAUGGGAAUACCUUGCAGGCAUGCAAUUGCAACUCUGAAUGAAAUGAGCAAAGACCCUGAGGCUGAGCUUGACAUUUACAAGUGGGUACACAAGGUGUAUUGGCUAGAGACAUGGCAAAAAGCUUAUUCAUUUAAGGUGGAACCAAUUAAAGGGAGACCCAUGUGGCCUAAAAGUAAUUGUCCAACAAAGCUAAUCCCUCCUCCACAUCACACUCAGGUGGGAAGGCCUAAGAAAAAAAGAAGACAAAGUGAGGGUGAAAGGUUAAGCAAAAGGCAGAAGGCAAGUGCAGGUGAUGGAGUCAAUGAGAUGCAAGGAGAAAAUUCCCAAGGGCCAAGAAAUGAUGGAGUGCAGAAGCUAUCAAGGAAACAUGUUAGUGUUACUUGUAGCAAAUGCAAGAAUAAAGGACACAACUCUAGGACCUGUAAAGGGCAAGGAGGGAAUCAAUCUAAGAAGUGA